AUGCCAAACAGUACAACCGUCUACGAAUACGAACCUGAAGGCAGAAGACCUUCUGAUACAGAAACUCCACCAUAUAGUCUUAUCAGAGAUCUCGCUAAGGCUGUACACGAUGUAUUGUACUGCGACGUCGCUGUUCAGUACUACACCAGAGGCGAGGGAUCUGAUCUCUCCUUUUACCUCAUGUUCAUCAAGAACGGAUCAGACGAUGAAUGGUCUACGCAUGACCGAAGAGAACUAGAAAAGGUACUUGGAAAGAAGCUAGCUAGUUACGAGCAUGCGAAUACCUAUUGA